GAAAAAAUUAUUACUUGCCUUAAUUACUGGUUGUAGUGAAUCUUGUGAGUCCGCACGGGUGGGAACCACCGCCCUACCAGCUUACAAACAUGAUAACACGCUUACGUUGUGCAGAAGAACUGAUAAGUGUAGUGGUUCCAGUCGUCGCUGCCGCACAGCCCGCCGCCCGGCGCCGCGGCCCGCCAGCGCAACACCGACGAGUACGUGGACAUGUCCCCGCGCAACGCCGGCUACGUCGAGAUGAAGCCCGCCACCGACGGCUACGUGGAGAUGCACGCCAGCCUCCGCGCCGGCUCCGCCACGCUCUUCCCGCUCGAGCUGGACCCCGCCGACGGCCUGGGCCCGCUCCGGGAGCUGUCCGAGGAGGCCCGCCCGCCGCCCGAGCCGCACUACGUCUCGCUCGCCAACAGGACGCACGACGACGCCGCACGAGCAGCGGAACCGAACACGGCGCCGAUAGUGGUGGCGGGCGGCGGCGGCGUGCCCGCGCGCUUCACGCUGGAGGAGGAGCCCGCCCCGCCCGCGCCGCUCAACUACGCCGCGCUGGACCUGGAGCCGCGCCCCGCCGCCUCCGCCGCGCCGCCGCGCACCUACACGCAGAUCGACUUCGUGCGCACGUGCGAGAAGCUGCACGCAGCCGACGGCACGUGAACGCGCGGCGUGGCGUGGCGCGGCGGGGCGUGGCGCGGCGCGGCGUGGCGGGCGGACCGUGUCCUUAUAGUGUACAUAUUAAGACGUGUGUUUUGUUCGGCGCUCGGCCUGCGGCUGCGUGAACCCGUGAGCGUGUCCGAUUAACUUUAUAACGAUCGAUAUUAAGUUGUCGAAAACGUAUGUUGAAUUACAUUAAUUAAGUUAAUGUUUGAAACGAUGGAAGUUGAAGGAGCGAUGUGUCGCUUUAAUUAUUAUUAUUUUUAAUAUUUCACGAUCACUAGGCGUCGCUUGCUUUAUCUUAACUAUUUAAUAAGUGUAUACUUUUUUUGUUAUUAAUUUUAUUACUAUUAUAAUUCGAUUUGAUUAUUAUCAAUUCAUUGUAUUGCGAUUGACGAAUCGUUUGUAAAAAUAUAAUAGUUAAUAAUGACAUUUAAAGGAUUGAAAAUUAUCCUAACUCCAAAAAAAAGUAUCUAAAUUAUAACUUUCAUGUAUGUGUAAUCGAAAUUUUUUAAAGUGUAAUUGUUUAUUUUUAUUUUUAGAGCGACCGUGGGUUUUGACAGCGGCUAGGUAGUCUAACGGUUCAAGAUGUAAAAUGAAUAUAUAUAUAUAUACAUUAUGUAUAAACGUUAUAUAUUAAUAAUGCAACGGUUGUGAGAGAGGCCUAAUGUAGUACAUGCAGAGUUGUGUUCCCUGUUCACAAACACCACAAUUUUCUAAAAACAAACAGCAUUCGAUGGAAUGGGAAUCGAACAGUUUCAGCAUCUCUCGCCGAUGUUAUUUGAGUUUGAAAUUAAUUGUAUUCUGGAGCGAUAUCUUUACUAGUGUUUGAGUUUCCGUUCAGUUUUUUUUUUUUUGCUGCAUUUAUCUUAAUAGCAAAUCUUCAUAUGGAAAGGAAUUCAAAACUAAUUAAAUAAAAAAUCAUAAAAUCAGGAUUUACAUGUAACGUUAAAUCAACAAAUUUGAUAAGCCUUCUAAGGCUCAAUUAUCCAGACUUAUAGUUAUUAGAAAAUUAACUGAAUACUUAUGGCGACUGUAAGCACUGGCUAGUCCAGUCCAGUGUUGAAUAACAACAUCCAAUGGUUCUACAGCGUGUUCAAUAUAUUUAAAUAUUUUACUAUUAAAAAAGCGUUGCUAAUUUAAUUAUUUAUGGUGCAAAUACAAUUUAAGCUCGAUUUGGAAAUUGUGUUCAUCAAGUCAUGAUUACUGGUGGUAGACCACGUCGUGAGGAGAGGGAUGUCUAAUAGUGACCGGGCCCUACGAUGCCACUGAUACACCAAGGGAACUAGCCGAGGGCUCGUGAGCUCGCCAAGAUUAAAUCGUACUUGUAAGGUGACCUACCCAAUAUAUAAACAGUGUAAGCCCGUCCUAUAAUGAACCUUCACCGGGAGCAUGGCGCUGGUCCUCGCACACAACCAGUUGUCGGAGCCGCCUCCUCGCUCCCGAUGCUCUAGGUCAGUGCUUCCCAAGCUUUUUAUUGCGCCAUGCCCCACUGUAACAUUUCUAAAAUUUUUAUGCGCCCCCCCCCAACUUAAUUUUAACAUUAAAAAAUUGAUUUGCGAUUGCCCCCUCUAAUUAUCGAAUUGCCCCCUCGUAGGUGCAUCUAUCCAUAUUUUUGAAGUGAAACUUCUUUAAGCGCGUUGAGAGUAAAAUUUAACUCGCGACAGAUUCGUUACAGCUAGAGAGAAAAGAUACGAACUUAGGAAGACCCAGAGUGAGAAAACAAAGCGUCUCGCGAACCCCUCGACCGUGGAGAGAGAGCAAGGACAAAGCGAGCUAGGUUGUUUCUCUUAUACAAAGCAUUCUCUAUUAAAAGAGACGCACCGCAGAAGUUGCACUUCUUUCACGUGCACCAAGUUGCAGGCGCAUAAUUUUUUAUUUAUUUAUAACAAAUUUGAUUCUGCGUUAAUAUACUGAAUUGCAUUGCGAAUAUUAUAAGUAGUGUAUACGUUAAGCUUACGGUUAUUAGAGCAUCGGUCGGUUUGUUGCUAGCGGUGAUAUUUGUCUGCGCUUGAAACAGGAAGGAAAGGGUUGUAUCGUUAUUUCGUUACGUGAAGAUUUCCCUCCAUCACUUUCUAACGCAACUCAAGUUUGUUCCAAAAAUAUUUAAAUAAAUCUUACAAUGAAAAGUUCGCUUAGGCAAACUAAUUUCAUUCGAAUCUAAACCGUAUAUAUCCGACCUUAUGGUUCUGCUGUCUGGAAAUCUAUAUCAAACUAGUCCACUGUGUUCAAUAUGUAAAAAUUAAAAAGAAAACAAAUCGUAUUUUUAAAUUAGAGUUACAGGUAUAAUUAGGAUCUUUGUUUGUUUUGCAAUUGAAUGACUAAAGCUACGGCUUCAUCAAUCUUGCUAUUCCCUCGUGAGCACCGACGCGCUCGCGAUGUACAGAGCUGCGGCUCCCAUUGGCUCACUGACCCGGGCGCACCCGUGGACAGUGUUAUUACACCGGCCAAUCAUUCGUGUGACGUCAUAUGUGCUUAUUUAAACGUGCAUCCGUCUCUGGUUCCACGAGGACCAAAGUGAUUUGUCUUGGUUAUUUAUUAUACUCAAAGUAUUUAGGGGGCUUCCAUCAAUUACGUGGGGCAUUUUUGAGAAUUUUUCCACCCCCCGCUCCCCUUGGUGAGAUUUCGUAAGAUGAUCCUCAAUUCCUUCCCUAAUCUCACGCGAGCUUCUUCAAAAUGUAUGUUUUGGCUGUAAAACUUGUUGGAUUUAUUAUUUUUGAAGACUAGCAAAUAUUAGUAUUUGUGAGUAUUACAGUAAUUUAAAAUCACAAUCUUAAAAUUAAAUAAUACGUUGCGCUGAGACGUUCGUCGGGUCGCCCGAUUUUAUAUUCUUCGAUUAUAUAUUCUAGUAACCUCGAUGGGUUAUUCUAGAUUCAUCGAACUAGUAUGUGAGCUCACGGGGCUCAAACCGGGAGUGUUGCUAACACUGGCCCUAGCAAGAGCCGUGCUUCGCAGAAUUCGCGGAUCGGAAACGCGACCCACUGAGAAGAUCCGGCGAGAAACUCAGUGGGCUGUGUCUGUGAGGGGUCGCCCGCGUUGAUACAGCUGAUCGAUAGCGUUCGUACAGUCGAGCGCUAUUUUGCUACUCUGCGGGUUCAGACGCAUACGACAAACACUAUUAUGUUUCAGAAUUGGCCAAGAAAUAAAUUAAACGCAAUUUUACGCUGUUUCGUGCUAGAAAAAAAUAAUACGUGAUAUUUGCUAAGAUAUUUCUACCUCGUCAUACCAUUUCAACAAAAUUUAAAAAAUAUUAGCCGUUCAAGCGACUAAUAAUAAUAGUGUUCAAGAACAUAUACUAUUAAUUAAAUUAAAUAUACAUUAGUAAAAUGUACAUUGAAGUUUAAUUGGAUAAGUAUUUUUUAUGAACACCACUAUAUUGUAAUUAUACAAUGUAAGUUAUACACUAGACAGACGGGCCACUGUGCUUAUAGUAUUACUGGAGGUCAUAAGUAGAUUACGAAAAAUGUUCACCGGUGCUCACGUUCGGCAACCAAUUAGCUAAGCAUAUUUCUACGAAUUGAGUAACGUAUACUCAAACUAAACACGUAAUUCAAACCGAGGUAUAAAGCCACGGUAAUGUUGAAAAUUUCUAUAUUAUUAUUUUGUUAGUAUUAAUUUUGUAACAUGCAAUGUAUAGUCGUGAAAUCAGAAGAUAAGCUUCUCAACACAGAACGCGCAAUUGUAAUGGAUCCGUACUUGCACCGUACACACCCUGUAUACACGCACAGUCUGUAUGAACCACGUAAUUGUUACAAAGGGUGUUGAUUUUGAUAAUCAAAAUCUAAUUGAUUAGUAAGUAAGGAGAUAGGCGAGUGAGGGAGAAAACAUGAAUCUUAUGCUUUUGAAGCCGCUUUUUGGAAUUAAUAGCUUUUGUCUUCUCUGUCUGCUGCUGUUCGGAAGAUAUUGACCAAGUUAUAUAGAUUAGAUCUGUCCUGUUCGUUGCGUUCUCUGGGAAAACAAUACAAUACAUACACACAGUGAUACAAUGAGUAACAGUUUUUCCAAGGACGAUAUUUUAAUGUUAUCUGUUUCUUAUACUGACCUUUGGCGACUGCCUUCGCCCGGGGACAGCGACAAAGUACUCUGCAAAACAUUAUUAGGAGAUUUUUUUUAGCUCUCAAAUGUUAUCACAUUUUGUUUAUUUCAUACUUAUUUGUUUGAAUUCAAGGGAAAUCGGAAAUGGUACAUAGAUUCAGCUUACUAGACCUUAAAACUUAAAGAAUAAGGUUCAUAUUUUCUCAGUGGGACUUUAAAAUGGGAUUGUGGGGAUGAAUUGAUGUUGAAAUGUGUCUCCUUUUAAAAUACGCCACGUAACUUUAAAAAGUUCUUUAGACAAUUUAUUUACCACGGCCAUCUCAAAUUGGAAAUAUCCGUUGUAAUCACAGAUUCAGAAGUAAUUAAAGCCAAUUAUAUAUUCAUAAACUUGUGAAUUUUAUGUUUGAAAAUUUUCUGAAUAGGACUAGAGUCCGUGACCAUGAAAAUUGUAAAGUAUUGUAAACGUCCAAAAUAAUAAUGAAUUAGUCUCUCGAAUUUGUAUUUUUGCAAGAACAUUCUGUUUGAUUGUUUGAUUAUUAUUAGAUUGACCUUAUUAUUCGCAAUUGUCGUGACAACUUUACAAAUAUCGGCUGAGUUUUGUCUCAUCAGUAUGACCUUAUCUGGGCCCUAAAAAUCAGAGCAACCCCUAGAUCAUAAACAACUACCCACAUAUGACGUAUUACCCACAUCAAGUAUCGUGAUUGACGUGAAAAAUGAUCAAAAUUCUUCAUUUAGUUAGUGGUUUCAAUUGAAUAGUGACUCACAAGAAAAUGUUAAUUGAAUAAUCAUUUUCAUUUUAAACGUCUUAUGGCGGCAGAUCUACCCGUUUAGGUUUUCCCGAAAUGUUUUUUCCUAAUCUUUAUAUUGUUUCUGUGUUGAUGUUGUUUAUACCGCUUUCAAUAUAAACCCUAAGAAUACAUAGACGUAUGUAUUUAGUCACAAAAUAAUUUAUGAAGAGUCAUGUCGGGUCCGAUCCUCACUGUGGAAAUAGGUAUUUCUUUUUGUCAUCAAGUCGAUGGGUGAAAGGAGAUUUAGCUAAGCGACAUUUCUCUUAACACUAGACAUUUAUCUUUGUAAUUAGAGUUGCGUUUUAUUUGGUAUUACCAUCAACAAUACGAUGUUUUUAAUUGAACUUCAAUUAAGCUUACUCCGUUCGUUACUUCAGUACUAUUAGUUAGUUUUUAUGUCUAUUUAAAGUUUAAUUUUUUUUUCAAAUUUUAAACGUUAAAUGGCUCGAUUGAUAACGUUAAUAAACUCGCACUAAGCACACUGGAGAACUGCCUAGCUUGGUUUGCGUCGAACAUGGUCUGGCCGUAGACUGCCACCUCAUAGAUGAGAUUUCUCACGAUUUUCCGUAGAUAUUCCAUAUUUUGCACUCUGAAUGAUUUUUGUGUGCCUAUUAUGUUAACAUGUUUCUACAAUUUUUUUUCCUACCUAAGCCUCUCAAGGCUAUUUCAGCGGAACCUUAACUAGUAGGUGAGCUCACGGGGCUCAAACCUGACGACGUUCCUAACAUGAACCCUAGCAAGACUCGUGCUUCGCAGAAUCUACUACCGGAUCGGAAACGCGACCCACUCAGAAGAUCCGGCGAGAAACUCAGUGGGCACAAAAUUAUUAAAUGAAAUAUUGAAAGCAGGGUAGAUUGAAAGGACAAUCAAAAUCAUCCCUCGUGUUUAAUAGUUAUUUAAAAAGCGUAUUUUAGAAGGAGUCACCGUGGCUUCAUUUGCAUUGGUGUGGAACUGUACAAUAGGGACAUCGAAAGCUAGUGUGAAUGCGGCCUUAUUUUAUUAUAUUUAAAUAAAUUAAAAUAUACAAAAUGUUACAUAUAUAUUUAUAUUAAAUAAUUAUUAAGUAAAUAAUAGCAAGGUUUUCCGUGUUGACAACAAAUUAAUAAUUCAUCGCAAAUUUAGGAUGGGAGUGUUACAAAAUAAUUUUUAUUUAUAACAUUGUUCGACUACCCAACACAUCAGUACUGUAAUGUUUAUAACAUUGUCUUAAUGUGAUUAUUAAACCAAACUAAUUAUGCUAUGCAUUACAAAAAAAAACGAGAUUGAAUAAGGAUUCUGUGAAAUUUUAAAUCAUUUCUUUGGUCUCAUCUAAAGUCAAAUGCCUCGUCUUAUUUCAUUGUUCUACCACUUUUUGAUACAAUAUGUCAUAAAAUUCCACACUUUACCGGGGGCGAAACUACUAUUCUAAAAUUGCGAUAAUUUAAAGUUGUAAAUGCACCCACUAGUCCUGAUUUCAAUUUUUAAACAGUAAAUAAUGAAUAAGUAAAUAUGUUCCUCUUACAAUUAAAUGGCGUUAAUGUUCUUUUUUAAGGUUUUUAGUACGUAGAAUGUAUGAAAUAUUGUCGGUACCGCGAGAUUAGAUUAUGUGGGUUUAUCACACCAAGUAUACAGAGGGGUAGGUACGGUUGGUCUUAUCUCAGUGGCGGCCGAUGUUAGUGAGUAAUGGACAAAGUUAGCACGCUACGCUGCAAGGGCUUGGGACUACGAAAAGUGAACUGGUUGGGCAAUGUAUAUAUGAGUCGACUAUUAUCAAAGGCGGCAAUCUGACUUUUGGACAAUGAUUGGUAAAUCAGAAAAACGAAUUAUUGACUUUGUAUUCCAUUGGCAGUCACAAAACUCUUCGGAACGACAUCUUAGAUAAAUAACAGGUUAACUAUUAACCUUUAUUUAAUGCAGGUUUUGAACCGUAUUCUUUGAAGGAGACGAUUAUAUUCAAAUAAAUCUGUAUUGACAUAUCAAUAAAAAAUUUUUGUCCAAAUGUACAGAUUGCCACCUUUGAUAAUAGACGACUCAUAUAUGAGGAUACAUGUUAAUUAUGUUCUUUGCUGUAUGCCUAUCCACACAAAUAUUUAGUCGUCGGUUAUGAACGAUAAAUGCUCGAUAAAAAAAACGAUAGCUCAGUUUUAUUGAUUUUUAAAGUAAUACAGACUUACCGCCAAAUACUCAAGAUUUCACGACUGAUUUUUUCCAAUGUUGCACAUACUGCGACGACGCGUAGCGCUAGUGUCGCGCGCAGUUGAUUGCGCGGGUUUCGGGUGAAUUGGCGGGAGAUUUCAAAAUUUUAACCCCAAAAUCGAACAUUUCCGUGUUGCUGUUACUAAUAACACAACAAAAAUAAAUAACCAUAAUAAACUUAUUUUGACGCAAUGUAGUAAAUCAAUAAAUGGUUUCAACCUAUUUUCUCAAUUUAAUGUGAAUAUACAUCAUAUUUUAUUGCUGUAUUUAUUAAAUAUUUUCUGAAUUGAAUGAGAAAUUGUACGUUUGAAAAUUUCUGAGAUAACUACAUUAAUUAACAUUAACUUAAACGAAAUAGUGAAAUAGAAAUCUAAAUAAAACUAAGUAAUGUUUUAAUUGAUGUAAAUCCGACAUAAUUGCCAGCCAGUUCAUGCGGUGACGUUGAGGCGAUACUAAAUAGAGAUGGAAAAUUUUGUUGUGUUUGAAAAGAUUAAGAAAAAUAAACAAUAUAUUUUUUUACAAAUGGUGCUACUGUUUUGUGUUUAGUCGAUGGACAGCUUGAACGCUGUUACUGCCAUUGUAUUUACGAGUCUUUAAUAAUAUUCAUAAAGUUAGUAGCGUUGAACCUGUUUGGGCUUCGGAAAGUUCAAAAUCGCCCAGAAAGAAUGUUAAAACAGUACAAAAUAUCUAAAUUCAUAGUUCCAAAUGGGUUCACGAGCGAGAGGUCAAAUCGCGGAUACGUGAAGCGUUUUCCACGUUGCCUUUUCAAACACGCAUAGCUAUUAGUAACAUAUGGAGGCCAUAAACAAUGCGGGUCUUUGAUAAUAAAUGAUUAAUUACGCUUUUAAUUAAGCAAUAUUGACUUCCAUGUUUUACUCAGUGCUAAGAGAAGAACCGCUCACGCGUCCCGCGACGCGGCAAGGGUCCUCACCACGACAUGUAUUUAAUUAAUAAACGUAAUGAGUCUUGUGGUGGUCCCUUGCAGUCGGGGCCCGGGUUCACACGUAGUUGUAGCUUUUGUAAUUCGCGAGACGACACGGCGACCGCAGGCCGGGCCGGCCGGCGCGCGGUCUGCGCUGUGUUACGUUGUCUAAAUAAGAUGUUUUCAUAUGUUAAGUCUUGUUUAUUUUAUAUUGUAAAUAAUAAUAAUGAUAAUAAAACGAAAUAAAAGCUUUGGAUUUGCGCA